CGGGGCAGGGCACUUGCCACAAAAUGCGCGAGCGUUUACUGGGCCAGCUUGAGCAUGACAACUAUUGAACGUAGCCUUUUUUAAACUUUGAUUAUGAAUGUUUAACAUGGUCGCGGGAUUAUAAUCUAAAUAAUCAAACGCUAAAUACAUGCAUGAACGUAUACGUCCCAAGUUAUGUGUACUAGCCGCGAAUGCUAACGAGCUAGCGUCUCCAUUGCAGCUUACCUAGCCUGUAGAACUUGAACAAAAUGGCUUCAUUGAGGACACAAGUUGCUUGUUCGGGCGAUGUGGGAGGCGGAAUGAUUAUAUCCGAGACGGAGGUUGGGUGCGGCGGUGACGAAGCGGGCGAAAGUGAUGUGACGGAGAAGGAAAUGGGCUGUGGUGUGGACGGAGGAGAUCUGAAAACGUGUGUGUUGGAGGGCUUCGCUGAGCGGGGCGCGAGCCAGGCUCUCAUCGCCAGUCUGCCGGACGUCCACGGGGAGCUGACGAGCAGGGAGGCCGCCACGGAGAAGUUUCAGGACACACUCAGUCAGUACCAAGAUCAGCCUCAUCUACUGGAUCCACACUUGGAGUGGAUGGUGAAUAUGUUAUUGGAGUACGUGAGGCGUGAGGACUGCCCUUCUUCCUUGUUACAUUUGGGCUUCAAGUUCCUUUACAUCAUCUGUAAGGUGAGAGUCUACAAAAUCUUCAUGCGGCGUUUUCCUCACGAGGUCGCCGACAUCGAGCCUGUUCUGGAGUUGCUCUCCAAGCAGGACCCGACAGACACAGAGACAUGGUGGACGCGCUACAUUCUGCUGCUCUGGCUGUCCAUGACCUGCCUCACGCCCUUCGACCUUUCUCGCCUCGACAGCAAUCUGCAGUCUGAAGAUGGCCGGGGCAGAGAGCCCAUCAUGGACCGCAUCCUCGCGAUUGCUAAGUCAUAUCUUGGCGUCAGCGAUGGUUGCCGGCUUGCUGCAUCCGUGUUGGUGUCAAAGUUCAUGACACGGCCUGAUGUGCUAAAGAAGUACCUCGGAGACUUCCUGGACUGGAGCCUCGCCACCAUAUCCCGAAACAACGACCAGUCCCUGGACUCCAUUAGGGUGCUGGAUGGGGCUCUUCAGUCGCUGGCAAUGCUUUUUCAACAUGGCAAGCGGGAGGACCUCUUACAGCACGUUUCUCGAGUUUUACGGUGUCUGGAAGAAAAUCAUCUCUCGGAGAGCAGCCAGGCCACGCUGAGGAAGCUCAACGUCAAACUGAUCCAGCGACUUGGCCUCACCUAUCUGAAGCCUCGUUUGGCCCCUUGGCGGUACCAGAGGGGAAGCAGGUCCAUAGCAUCAACCCUUUUGACCAGUCAAGCCGCAGAUACGGUGAAAGGGACGACACAAGAGGACGAGGAUUAUGAUAUUCCAGAGGAGUUAGAGACUGUUAUUGAGCAUCUAUUGGUGGGACUUAAGGAUAAGGAAACAAUAGUGCGUUGGUCUGCAGCAAAGGGUGUUGGGAGAGUGACCGGGCGGCUUCCCAAGGAGCUAGCGGACGAGGUGGUGGCAUCGGUGCUGGACUGCUUCUGCUUCCAGGAGACAGACACUUGGCACGGAGGCUGUCUGGCCCUUGCCGAACUUGGCAGAAGAGGCCUGCUGCUGCCCUCCAGAUUAACAGAUGUGGUGCCGCUCAUCAUCAAGGCCUUGACCUACGACGAAAAAAGGGGCGCGUGUAGCAUCGGCUCCAACGUCCGCGACGCGGCCUGCUACGUGUGCUGGUCCUUCGCCAGGGCGUACGAUCCCAAAGAGCUCAAGCCCUUUGUCAAUCAAAUCGCCAGCUCUUUGUUGGUCACAACCGUGUUCGACCGAGAUGUGAGCUGCCGCAAAGCCGCCUCUGCUGCUUUCCAGGAGAAUGUCGGCAGACAGGGGACAUUUCCUCACGGCAUUGACAUUGCAACCGCAGCGGACUAUCAUGCUGUGGGGAUUCGCAACCACUGCUAUCUGAACACCAGUGUUUACAUUGCUAGUUUUCCUGAGUACACUCAAGCCCUGAUUGACCACUUGGUAACCAAGAAGGUCAACCACUGGGAUGGUGCGAUUCGAGAACUCACCUCCAAAGCCCUCCACAACCUGACGCCUCAAGCACCUGAUUACACGGCGACUUCGGUUCUGCCACAGCUGUUGAACAUGGCCGUGGCUUCCGACCUUCAAGGACGCCACGGAGCCAUCUUGGCGUGUGCGGAGGUGACGUACGCGCUCUACAAGCUGGGCUUGCACACAGGCAGAACCACAGUGGACAUCAUUCCCUCAGAGUGUGUGGAGGCAUUGAAGGGCAUUCAUCAGAAGCUACAAGACAAGAAACGGUACAGGGGUUAUGGUGGAGAGCUGAUGAGGCCAGCCAUGUGCAGACUUAUCGAAAAGCUUUCCCUGUCCAAAAUGCCAUUCAAGAGCGACCCGGUCAUCACCGGCUGGCAGGGGCUUAUUGACGACACCAUCAAGACGCUUCAUCUGGUCUCCAGCGGUGUGAAAGACGGCAUCAUGGCUGCUGUAUUAUGUGCCUUGUCUGCCUUGUGCGAGGAGUUCUACCAGGCCCAGCCCGACCAGGCUGACUCGGAGAAGCAGAGUGCGCUCGUAUGUCAGUACAUGGACGAGCUGCAGAGUCCACAGAUGCUCACCCGUUGCGGCUCUGCCCUCGCCCUCGGCUGUCUGCCGGGCUUUAUGAUCCACGGCAAACUGAAGCAGAUCCUCGACGGCCUCGGCCAGAUGCACGGCGCCUGUCUGCGCGAGAGGCAUUUCCCGGAGGCCAGGAGGGACGCCGUCCGAGCGCUGGCUCAAGUAUGUAUGAAGGCGGGCGUGUGUGCCGGCGGCCCCCCGGCGUCGUUUCUGUGCUCGGAGAACAUAGCGGACGUGUACGCCGUCCUUCUGGACAGCAUGGACGACUACGCCACGGACAGCAGGGGGGACGUAGGCGCCUGGGUGAGGGAGGCAGCAAUGACGAGUCUAAAGGACGUGACCAUCCUGGUGACCAGAACAGCGCCAGAGAUCCUUCUACCAGACCAGGUAAAGCGCAUGAUGUGCGGGCUGGCGCGCCAGUCGGCGGAGAAGAUCGACCACUACAGAGCGCACGCCGGCACCGUCUUCAUGCAGCUGCUCCACGACGCCGACGCCGUAGUUCCACAGAUCCCCCACAGAGAGGAGCUGCUGAGCAUCUUUCCGCCGGAAGUCCAAGCCAGUCUGAACUGGAAAGCUCCAUCCCAAGCGUUCCCGUAUAUCACCCGGCUACUCGGACUCCCCGAGUACCAGUACCAAACUUUGCUGGGCCUCACUGUGUCUGUGGGCGGGAUGACCCAAUCCACAGUGACGGCCUCCUCCCAAUCUUUGUUUGACUACUUGCGUGGGAUCCAACAAGACCGCGCCGCUCUGGAGCACUUUGCUAUGCACGCAUUGAUAAGAAUCCUGAGAGAAAAUGUGCGCAACACAAGGAUCGCCCUCCCUUUCCUCAAGAUGCUGAACCAGUUGUUGUCUAACGGCUGCUUUGACGUCUUCACCACAGAAGAGAAUCACCCGUUCUGCGUGGACCUGCUGGCGCUGUGCGAAGUAGUCAGGCGAUCCAAGGACGUGUACAAGCUGCGUGCCUGUGUCGCCGUCUACUGUGGCCUCAUCCAGUUCCCGGGUGAAGUCCGCAAGGAGAUCCUCUACCAGCUUCUGGUGCUGAUCUGCCAUUCUUUCCUUGUGAUAAGGACGACGACGGCCAGCCUGAUGUACGAGAUGCUGCUGACCUACGACGACGUUGUCGAUGCCGACGUUUUGGACGACGUCAUGAACCUGCUAAGCGAUACUAACUGGGAGAGUGAGCCUGCCGCUCUGCACCCCGCACAAAAUCACCUGCGUGAGCUGCUGGGGGUCCCCACGCAGCGACCGGUUGCUCAGAAACCUACCAAACAUUCCUAAUGAUGUUUCCAGAGAGCGUCGCAAAAUGGAUGACAUCCAGUAUGGUGUCAGUGGGUCUUCCAUUAGUUAGAAAUCAUAAUAAUAAAUAGGCCAAAUCAUC